UUUCCGCGUGUUCGUUUUUCCUUUAACAGUGCUUAUACUUGUGAUAUAUUUUCGUUUAUAAUUAUUAAAGAGCGUAAAAAGUAAACAAAUAUUCUUAUUUCGCUUUCACUUUACAUGAAAUCUUUCCAAUUUAAAGUUUAUAGUAUUUGUAAGGAAAUAAAAGAGAAAAAAAAAACAAGAAAAAAGGACAUCGCAAGAAAAUAGGACGUAGUGCAAUUUGCACGUGCCAAGUGCAAGCAACGUACAAUGGGAUGAUGCAAACAAGUAGAUCCGCCGCCUGAUUGGUCGCUUGCGCGACGGGCAUGCGACUUGUGCGACGAAUCGCCAUCAUCCUCGCGGUCGCAUAACCGUCAUUUUAAAUUGAAUAUAACCGAUGCGACAAGCCACAUCAAGGGUCCUGGAAGCGAGCAGUAUUCGGCGCGUUCGAGAGCGGUUCGCAUCUUGUUCCUCGCAUAAGCGGGGUGCGUGACGCAGGGGACCAUCAACGGUGAAGGAAAAAAAAACGUUGGUCGGUGCCAACGGCCGUUGCCUCUUAUCGUGUGCGGUGACAAUCUCGCAGAGCGAAUUUGGAUUGUCGAUUAAAGAAGAAACGCACAAUAAGACGAUAUGUCUUUCUCUAAGGCAAGGAUACAGCGGUUCAACGAACUUGGGAGCGAAGCACCUCCGCCAGGCGCUUACGAUCCGAAAUUCGAUAAUAAAGUAAAAGGAUCUGUUAUCGAAAAAUCUGAUAGAUUUUUAGAUGUUAGAAGCACAAGCAGUGCGGAAUAUAAUGCUUCGAGUAUAUCAGGAAAGAGUAAUACAACCACGUCUUCUCUUUUUCGAAUACCUCAGUUGCCGCGGAAACGAUUGAUCACGAAACCAACAGAAUCUAAGACAAAAAAUGGACAAACAAUUUUAAUUAAAAAUCAAAAUAUGAAAUAUGAAUCCAAUCAACAACUUGCGGAUCUUCGAGUAGAAUGUUUGAAUAAAGACAAAACCAUACAGGAACAUGAGAAACAUAUAGAAGAAAUGAAGGAAGAUAUGCGGAAAUUAGAAGCCGAGAUAGAAAAGCUACACAAAAAACAAAAUGAAAUGGAAAUGCAACAUACGGAAGAUAUAGAAGCAAUGGCUAAGUUGCAACAGGAAAUAAUAAACAAUCAUGAUGAUAAACAUCAAACAGAAGUGCAAUUGCUUCGCUCUCAAUUAUUAGAAGCAUCUGAAGAAAAAGAACGAGAGAUCUCAACACGAAAGACAAUGGAAACAGAACUCAGAAAUCGUGCAACGGAACUAUCAAGAAGAAUAAUAGCAUUAGAAGCUGAAUUGUGUACCAAAAAAAAAGAAAAUAAAACAACGAUUGAAAUUCUUGAAACGCGCAUUGAAGAACUACUAAAUACGUUAAAAACAAUAAAACAUGAUCAUGAUAUCGAAAUUGAAUUAUUACAAAAAGAAAAAAGUCAAUUCGAUGUUUGUAUAAUGAAUUUGACUCAAGAACGAUCUAAUCUUGAAUCUAAAUUGGAAAUAAAACAAAAUAUUAUUUUGGAACUUCAAGCUCAGUUGUCUGCUCUGCAGUGUGAAUUAGAUGAACUUAAAACAGAAUACGAGAAACUUGCCGAUGAUUCCAUUAAACGAAUUUCCGAUCUCACUGACAAACACGAAAAAGAAAUUCAACAUCUGAAAAAUGACUUCCUGGAAGAAAAGGAGAAAUUAUUAACAGAAAAUGAAAUUUAUAAGACAUGUGAAUCGGAAGCAACAGCGAAAGCAAAUGAAAUGGAAGAAACAAAUUCUUUUCUUAUCCAGGAAUUAAAAGAUAUUCAAAGACUUUAUAAAGAUGUCAGCCAACGAUUGCAACAAGCUCAAACUGAAUUGGAGCUCUCAAAUGAGAAACAUGUUAUUAUGGUAGAAAAAUAUAAAAAGAAUUUGAAUGAUGUGAAAAAUGUGCAUAUUGAGGAUAAGUUGCAAUUAGAGCAAUUGAUAAAAGACACCAAAGAGGAAUAUUUGAAAAAACUAGAAAAUAUAACAGUAAUGAAGGAUAAAGAAUUAGAUGAAUUAAAACAAGCUACCACUAAAAGAAUCGAAGAGGAAACUAAACGAAUAAUGAAACAUGCUGAAGAAAUAAUAAAAAAUGCAGAAUCUGAUAAAAGAAAUGCGUUGAUGGCAUGUCGUACCGAAAGCAAGCAACAAGUGAAAAAAGUGAUUGUUGAAUGCGACGCGAAAGUCAAUGCCAUGAUAAAAGAGGCACAAAACACUGUGGAAGAUGAAAUGCGACUUACCAAUGAUAGAUACAAAGCAUGUUUAGCUCGCAUGGAAAUGGAGCAUGUUGUAUUAGAUGAGAAACUUUCACAGAAAGAUGCUGAAAUCGCUAAACUCUCCGCAACACUUGAGGAACUUAGAAUGUCUAUAGAAACUCAGGAAAGUUUUAGUCAAAGUUUGCAAAUUGAGUUAGAUAGAGCAGAAACAGAAUUAGCGGAGAAAAAGGAAGAAUUAAGAGCUUUAAAGGAUCACAUCAGAUCCGAAGGAGCUGAAAUGGUUGCUAGAAAAAAAAGAUUCGAAGUAAUAAUGGCUGAAAAUGAAGCAUCUGUUAUCGCGCUUUCUAAACGUUUGGCACAAAGUAAUGCUGAAGUGGAAAAACUACAAGAUGAAUUAAAACAUAAUGAAGAUAGCAUACGUGAAUACAGAGAUUUGCUUAGUGCAAUGCGUAGUAGCUCACAAUUGGCUGAUGAACAAAUUCAUACUGUCAUGGAAGAAUUAGAUACUCAUAGAGAGCUGGUAGAUAAACAUCAGACUAAUAAUUUAGCUCAGUUUGAAUCAAUAAAAUCUAUUCUUGAAACACAAAUUGAGGACCUGAAACUAAAAGCAACAACAGAAGUUUCAAGACUUCAAAAUGAUCUUGAGCAGAAGUCUUUACAAAAUGAUGAGCUAAGGAAACAACUUGAUGAAAUGAGUAAAAAAUUUGAUGACGUACAGAAUCUAUUACUUGAUUUCGAGGAAAAAAUUGAUGCUCAAGAGCUUGAUAUUUCGCGACUGGAGUUAGCAAAUAGCAAACUCUUAGAACAAUUAAAGAGCAAAGAAAAAGAAUUAGAAAUAAGUAAUCAAUUAUUUAAAGAUCUAGUGACAAUACGUGAAAUAGCGGGAGAAAUGACAAAUUGUCGGAUAGAAGAGAUCUCUCAAAAAGUGGAAUGGUUUGAAACAAAAGAAAAAAAUGCAGAGGAAACCACAUUAUUAUUAGGGCGAGAACGAAUCAAAUGGAAAUUUUUAGAAAAUAUACUUACGCAACAGUUCCAAGAAGAAAAAAUGCGACGCGAAGAGGCCGAAGAAAAAGUCAAGAAAAUUAUGGAAUCAAACGCUCAUCUCAAGAAGGAUUAUGAGGAAAUUAGUGACAAGUAUGCUGAAAUGAUCGGUCAUCAGAAUCCUAAACAAAGGAUCAAACAUGUUACUCAUCUAAAAGAAAAGAUUUAUCAUUUGGAACAGGACUUACAUACCAAGAACAAAUUAAUCGAACAACAACAAAAGACUAUAGAAAAGGUUAAAGCGGAAGAAAAACGAUCUCAUUGGAAAGGCAAGGAAAAUGUAGGAAUGGUACAUUCGACCCCCAUUUCUUCACCGCAUAAGACAUUGACGCCGUUAAGAAGUCGAAACGAUUAAUUUUAAACAAUAAUUCAAUAGCUUGUUUUCUUAAAUUAUCAAUUUAAAUUAUAAAUGUUCAAAAUGAAUUAUACUCGAAGUAAUUUUCUGGGAACUAAAAAAAUGUUUAUC